GGAAGGGUUGGGCCGGGCCGCCUGCUGAGGCAGCCCGCGGGCUCCACUCCCAGCUACCGCGCCGCCGCCCCCGCAGCGCCAUGGAGGCCGGGCUGCUGCUGUUCUGCAACUGGAGCACUCUGGGCGUGUGCGCCGCGCUCAAGCUGCCGCAGAUCUCCGCGGUGCUGGGGGCGCGCAGCGCGCGGGGCAUCAGCCUUCCGAGUUUGCUUCUGGAGCUGGCGGGGUUCCUCGUGUUCCUCCGGUACCAGUGUUACUACGGGUACCCGCUGCUGACCUACCUGGAGUACCCCAUCCUCAUCGCGCAAGACGUCGUCCUCCUGCUCUGUGUCUUCCACUUCAACGGGAACGUGAAACAGGCCGCGCCCUACGUCGCUACAUUGGUGUGUUCUUGGUUCGUCCUUACCCUGCAGAAGUGGAUCAUAGACCUGGCCAUGAAUCUCUGUACUUUCAUCAGUGCGGCCAGUAAGUUUGCUCAGCUCCAGUGUUUGUGGAAGACGAGAGACUCGGGAGCCGUGAGCGCGCUGACCUGGAGCCUGUCCGCCUACACCUGUGCAACAAGAAUAGUAACAACCUUAAUGACCACCAAGGAUUUUACAAUUCUUACACGUUUUGUGAUCAUGCUAGCUUUAAAUAUAUGGGUAACAGCUACAGUACUUCGCUACCGGAAGAUGGUUAAAAAGGCUGAAUGACAGAUAUUCCUGCACACAACGUGGAUUUUGAAUGACUGAACUAAAGGAAAAGGAAGCCCCUUGUUAAAUCAAGGUCUUUUAUACUCAUUUCAGAAUCUUUGGCCUUUUUAAACUUGAAGAGUCACUUUAACACUUGUUUAAAUGCCAAUUUCCCUUCCCUUUCCCCAUUUCUAGCGAUCAGACAUCCGUAGUUUUAAGAAGGCUGGCGACUGGUGGAAGUCAUCCAAGAAGCCCAUUUUGAGCAGACCACUUUCACCCUUACUCUUCAAGUUAUGACUAAGUUCUCUCAGAAGAGCUAACUGCAUUUAUUUUUCAGA